AAAAUUAUGGCAUGUUUAUUUUAUAUGCAUGCAAUUUUACUAAUGAAUGUCCAUGUCAAAUUUCAGCUUCCGCUGCGAUGCGUUAUGAUGCUGUCGAGCAGUUGACCGGCAGCAACUUUCCUCGUUGGAAGAACUCCAUUGAGCUAUGUUUGGCUUUCAACGAGUUUGAUUAUGCCUUAAGGGAGGAUAAGCCCGUGGCGCCAGUUGCUGGUGCUACGGGGUAUGAUGAACUAAAGAAAACUUAUAACUCCAAGAUGGAGAAGUGGGACAAAUCCAAUCAUGUUGCAAUGCUCGUGAUGAAUUCUUCCAUUUCACCUGAGAUUAUUGGGGUUCUCCCCAAGAAAGAUACUGCUAAGAAAUUUAUGGAAGCCUUGGAGGAGCAAUUCAAAGGCUCUGAAAAGGUUUAUGCUCAUGAGCUUUUUCACAAGCUACUUGGCAAGUAUAAAAAUGAUGGUGAUGUUAGGGGACACAUACUGAGAAUGAUAAAUGCUUCAAAUAAACUGGAGCACCUAAAGUGUGAGCUCAGUGACAACCUCCUUAUCAUCAUGAUCUUGGAGUCCCUCCCUGAAGAGUUCGAUCAGUUCAAGAUCAACUACAAUUCCAUGAAGGAUAAGUGGACACUUGCUGAGAUAUCCCCUCGGAUUGUCCAGGAAGAAGAAAGAAUGAUGAGGCAGAACAAGGAUCAGGCUUUUCAUGUUGGCUCCUCAAAGAGAAAGCAUGACGGGUCAGGCCCUUCAAAGUCUCCAAAGAAGACCUUCAAAAAGGAAAUGCCAAAGUUUAAAGCAAAGGAAAAGGAUAACGGACAGUCUUCAGCGCCUACUGAUAAUGUGUGUUUCUUUUGUAAGAAGGAAGGCCAUUACAGGAAAGACUGUCAUGAAUACCUCAAGUGGAUGAUGAAGAAAGGGAUUAAAUUUGAUCCAAACCAUAACAAGCGGGGCAAGACGACUUAGAGUUGCAAAUGGAGUUGAAGUUGAUGUUGAAGCUGUUGGGUCACUCACCUUGGAGCUCCACACCGGCUUUCACCUUCAUUUAAAUAAUGUUCUUUAUGUACCUACUUUAAGUAGGAAUUUGAUUCAGUUUCUUGUCUCGAUGAUAACAUGUUUGAGUGCAAGUUUGGUAACAAACAAUUUGUUUUAAAUUAUUGUAAUAAUGAUGUUGGCCUCGGUGUCAGACGAGGCAAACUAUAUAUGUUAUCUAUGAAUGAUUAUGUUUUGCAUGUGAGUAAUGUUUCAAAUGUUGAGAAGAAAUGGAAGGGUACUAGUACUUCUUCGAAAUUGUGGCACUGUCGUUUGGGCCACAUUUCGAGGGGGAGAAUGGAAAGACUUAUUAAAAAUGAUGUACUCCUCCCAUUAGACUUCUCCGAUGCGGACAAAUGUGUUGAUUGCAUCAAAGGUAAAUAUGCAAAAACAAUUAAGAAAGGAGCGGUAAGAGCCACGAGUGUCCUCGAACUCAUACAUACUGACAUAUGCGGACCUCUUAAUGUUAAGUCUAUAGAUGGUUUUGAUUCGUUCAUCACCUUCACAGACGACUUUUCCCGUUAUGGGUACAUUUACCCUAUACGUGAUCGAUCGGAAGCUUUGGACAAAUUUAAAGUGUUCAAAGCCGAAGUUGAGAACCAACUGAAUGCAAAAAUUAAAGUUGUACGAUCUGAUCGCGGGGGAGAGUAUUACGGUAGGCACGCUCCUUAUGGGCAAAUUCCAGGACCUUUUGCUAAGUUCCUAGCUGAGAAUGGAAUUGUUGCCCAUUAUUCAAUGCCUGGUGAAC